AACAGUAACUGUGUUGCGAUAUAUCUAUUUUUCUGGCUAUUUGAGAUUUUAUAAAUAGAAAGGAAAAAACGGCUAUACAGAGAGAACCGGAGCUGACGCUAAAGCAGACACUACGCGUUUUGGAGACGACUAGAGAAUAUGCCUACAGGUUACUGUCCUGAAUGAUUUACUCACACACAUGCAAACAUAUUCUUCUUUAAUAUGUAUUCUGUACAAGCAUUCUUUAAUAUGUAUUCUGUACAAGCAAUGCGUAGCAUUGCUUACAAAAUUUAUGUAGUGGAAAUAAAUCUCUAUUUAAUCACGAAACAACUUAUGUAUUUAUUAAUACAUACACACAUCCACUACAGAUACCUUUAUGUUCAGAUGGAUAUUGUCUUGAUGAGCCAGAUGUCCAAUUGUACUGUUUAUAAUGCAGUUUUUGUGCAUUUGGAAUAAAAUAAUCUGAAAACUAGUCAUCUAACAUUGUUUGAUCAAGAGUGGACUGAAGUAAAUUCACUGGAGCUAAAAUAAUGUGGUUGUGUAGCACUAUGAGUAGAAAACAGAAUUCUGAUAGCAGUACUAAAAGUCUUCCAGUUUCCUUUGAAAAGAAAUCACUGCAGAAAGAAAAAGGUUCACCCUAUUCUACUUUCACUGAUUUUAAAGAAAUGGCACCAAAUUUGGAAAGUCUGAGAGAAAUAACCCAAAGCUCAAAUUCUGUAACAUCAGAGCUUCCUGAUCCUGAAGAAAUACUACAAACAUUUCAAGAAGGUCAGCGCCAAGGGAAGUGUACUCUUCCAAACAAUGUUGUUUACCCACCAAAUUGCUAUGGCUACUAUUCAUUCAAUGAAGUUGUUGAGCAGUUAUGUGGAUACAGAAAAAUUUAUAAACAUUCCCAGAAGAAAUUAAAUUGAAAACUUCUUAAUGGU